GCCAUUUAAACCUUUCCUGAUUCUUAUCCAAAAACUCGGUAUGGGCCCUUUAAGUCUGGGAUGCUUGCGCCUGGUGCGUGGGUGCAUGGGAUUGUUAACCGGGAAGUGAAUCAGCCGUUAGUGCAUACACCCAACUGUAUCUACUCCCUCACCAACACAAGCACCUCACUCAUUUGCCGAAGCACAGAGAGCUUCGAUUGCUCUCUUUUUCUCUCUCUUUUCAUCGGCUGUGCCCCUUACUCGGGCUUGGCUAACCCCAAGGUAGAGUCGGUGGCCAACGCACGCAUUCGCGGCACCCAGCGCCCGGCAGGUCUCACGUGCACCCGGCGAGACUUUGCUGCGAGAGCACGAGUCUGUUGAACACACCUUCAGGUGCAUCAGCGGAGCGCAGGUAUCUCCGGUUACAAGGAUACGCGGUGUAUAGAGGAGUUUGUGUCUGGACCCCCUCCACUCCCCAUCCCACCCCAACCUACCCCCACAAACCCACCUACUCUCACUUCCAAAGUUUGGCGAGGCACUAACUCCAGCGGAUUUUGCCGCCUCGUGGCUGUAGGCCGGUCUGUGGAGGUGUAAAGUGAACGAACACCGGCAAAUCUCGAGACAGCAUCUACGACAAAAGAGGAACACCGACCGUUAGGCACGGGACUAUCAUGAAGUCGUCAUCUCCUAUGGCAGCCAGUGUGAAGAAGUGCGGGCACCCGACUUCAGGAUCAAACUGUGAGCAGCUGUUGAAGGUUGACGGAGGUUCAAGUGCAGUGUGUAGACGUCUGCAGCUGCCACAACUGCCAACAAGCAGACGGUCCAGCUGUGUCAAAUCAAUGAAGCAUCAGCGACUCCCACGUCAUCAGCCGGAAUCCCACCAUCACCAUCAUCAGCACCAGCACGUCUGCCGCAGCCCAGCCAGUCAUCGGGUGGCCAUUGGCUCCGGUCAAGUUCUUCCUGCCUUGAGAUCGCCGACCAAAAUGGCGGAAAUACUAACGGUAAUGACUGUAUGUGUGACCCUAGUGUGUGCUUCCGGGGUCACAGCAGCUGUGAUCCCACGCAGGUCAACAGACGGGAGAAGAUACUCCGUAGCAACAGUAGAUGCGAUGGUUCAAGAAGCUUUAAAGGCACGAAGAGAACUUCGACAGAGCGAGAACAGCUUCGCCGAGCAAGUAAAUAACUUUGGUGAUAGACAAGAAAGUAACUCAAGUUUGAUGCUGAAAAGAGAAGAAACGAACUCGAAAGCUUUUGAGCGAAAGGCUCGGUUCCAGGGCUGGAACAGACACGCUUGUGCUCCAACAGACAAACCAACGCACCACCUUCCAUGCUGAACAUCGACUUGGGUUCAAAAGCAACAGUUCUUCGAAGAUGACGUCACACCAACCUGUCGUGUCGGCCGAAACACGCUCGCGAACUCAUAGAAACUCGUCCAGUCGUCAAAAACGAGCCACCCAGGAUGGCACGGACACGCACCCGAACGUGCUGACACCCGAGCAAGAGGACAGCCUGGGUACGUUGGUGGGGGAGGUGAUGGCGUGCGAGCACAUCCCGGGUCUGGCGCUGGGGAUCUCUAAGGGAGGUAAGCGGCAGUCGGAGGGAUACGGCGUGGCUGACAUGGAGACAGGUCGCCCAGUGGACAGCAACACGCUCUUUGGGAUCGGAUCCAACACCAAGGCCUUCACCGCUGCCACCCUCUCGCAGCUCAUGCUCACUGCGCCGACAGGAAAAAAGUUCACAUGGGAUACGCCGCUAACAGAGAUUCUGAAAGAUUUUCAAAUGCCAGACCACACACGCACCGCUUCCACCACGUUGACAGACGUCCUAAGCCACCAGACGGGGCUGGCGUCCGCUGACGUGGGAUUCUUUGCUGGAUUUCCGCUCAACAUGACUACAAGCGACUUCGCGAGUCGUCUGCGUUUCCUACCGGAAGUGUAUCCCUAUCGCGACAAGUGGCAUUACUCCAACAUGGUGUAUGGUGUGCUUACCUCCCUGGUGUGCGAGACUGUGGCUGCAACAACGUGGACGAAGCUAGUACGUGACGUCAUCUGUGACCCGCUUGGCAUGAAUAACACUGUCGUGACGUCAGAUGCCCUGCAGUUAGACCACGUGGCGUUACCUUACAUUCUGCGCAUGACUGCUGAUGACAUGUUUGUGCAACAGGACCUCAGGUUAUUCAAUCUUCAUCCACUGGAGGCGACGGCGGCUCUGAUGUCGUCUGCAUCCGACAUGACGCUUUGGAUGGAACAUUUGCUGCUAGCUCUCAACAACGCCUCAACGGCCACCCAGUUCGCAGUCAAAGACACGUUUGCAGACCGGGUACUCUUACCACCGGAUUACAAGCGCUACCUGGACAGUGCCACUCAAGCGCCAGUCGAGUACAUGGGUUUCAGCUUGGGGUGGAUGUCAGUCAAGUACAGAAAUACCACGAUCUACGAGCACCGAGGGGAUUUCUUCGGCUAUUCUUCCUCCGUGAUAGUGGCCCCGGAGCACAACAUGGCUGUCUUCAUGGCCACUAACGGACCCAACUCCAACGCGGUCUUCCCGGCCCUGGCCCACCUCUCGCACUACGUUCUCGACGUCCUGCAAGGUCGUGACCCGUGGGUCAACGUUUCCAUUUUGUGUCCAAUGAAGAAGGGAGACGAUGACUUGGACUCCCGUGUUGAUGACAAUGCUGAUUACGACGCGUUGGAUAAAAAUGAUGAUUAUGAUGGCAGUGAGAAUACUAAGAACAUGAAACUGAAAAAAUUCCUGCGACCUGUGGAAGACUACCUGGGGACCUACGGACACGGGUUGCUAGGCAAUCUACACAUCACUCGCCAAGAGAAGCGCGGCACACUUCGCAUGGAGCUGGGACGCCAUCUGGUAGCGGAUCUUAUUCCCACGGACCAGGAAUCGGUUUUGUCAGCUGUCACCCGCGGACCACUCGCCGACACUAAAGAAUGGGAAAAAGCCAGACCACUUGUGUUCAUCAUGGCGAGAAAAGGGAAAGCGACUGCGAGUAGCAGACAUGAUACCAGCGUCGAUGGACAGGCAGACGUAAUAGAGAAAGAAAACCGUGAGGGCAACAGGUCGCUAGCAGGCAGCAUCGCUAUAUCAGAUAAACGGUCUUUCACCGAGGUUCAUUUGGCCUGGGGUAUUGAGGUCUACGUGUUCAAGAGAGGCAUCCUAUUUGAAACAGCUUUGACUAAACAGGAGUCUGUAACGACUAUGCAGGAUGUGGAGGGGAUAGAUGAACCAAUGACUAGCACGGUGACGAUAGAUGAACCAAUGACUAGCACGGUGACGAUAGAUGAACCAAUGACUAGCACGGUGACGAUAGAUGAACCAAUGACUAGCACGGUGACGAUAGAUGAACCAAUGACUAGCACGGCGAUGACAGAUGAACCACUGACUAGCACGGCGAUGACAGAUGAACCACUGACUAGCACGGCGGCGAUGUUUGAAAACACUUCACUCUCCGCUGCCGCCAUUUCUAGAGACGCCAGUAACGGAUCGUCAUAUAACACCGUUAAAGCUCUUAUAGUUAUCACUUUUUUGUUUUUGGCAACAUCCGUCUUGUGACACGUGUUAAGUUAAAUUCAGACUUAUGUGGACUUCAACUGCUCAUUCAUCUGCCAGGCACGAAAUCUGAAUGAUGUUGCUGGCAGAUGACCUUUUCCCCCUCCUCUCCACUCUACACACACACAAUUUCACAUGAACUGUUUUUAGUGUAAGAGCAGAAUUCCUGGCAUUGUGGGUGAUCUUUGCUGUCGCGUGAUUUUUUUUCUCUCUAUUGAAGAACAAGAAAAGUAGAGCGCGGAACUCGAUACCUACAUCAGCAAAAUACUUUGUUUACGUCACAGUGUCACACGUCCAUCCAGAUACCAGGCGACACGAUGGAGGGCUUCCUUGCUUGCCAUUCCUCAGUCUAAUAGUUACCUUCGAUCCAAACGGAAGUCGUUUCGAAUUUCCGGUUAGCAGUUUUGCUUUGCAUUGAUGCGCGAUAAUAGCUUUGUGUACUAGACGCCUGUGGCUUUCUGCGUCAAAGCUUCUUGCAAAUGUAGCUGUGGGGUGAGGUUCUGAAUCCUUUGAAUACAACAGAACUUGUGUACAGUCGCAAACUGUGUUUAGCUAAAGUGCUUGUCGGGAGCCCGGGGGGAAAACGAGACAUUCCUGCGACACUCAGUCCUGUAACCUUUGCUGAAGUUUUGUCGCAUAACUUCAAUCUUUUCUCGAAAAUGUGCCACACCUGGUCAGUAUAGUUUUGUUUGCUAGUUGAAAUUUUGUUAUAUAUUCAUUGCUCACAGUAUCCGUGUCACCAGAUUCUGACGGCUUUAUUUGCUGAUUAUUCCACUUUUGGAAUGGUGACGAGGAAAGGGACUGUACCCUCUACCGAAACAUUUUGACCUCAUCUCGUUUUUUUGUCUCCCUGUAGCCGAGCAGCUUUAUUGCAAGUUAAAUAUGGUAAUUUUAACAACGCGGUUUCCUCCUUCCUUCUCUCUUUCAAAUAAAAGGAAGAAUAUUUUAAACCAAGUAUUAAGAAGGGGCAGUAGAUGGUAUAGAUAAGGAGACAACUAGCUGCAGUGUGUCUCAAUACAGGCUGACGAAAAGGUUUUAUUCCCCGAGAAAAGAUACUGAUAUUUACAGAGAAGUGACUACCUUUGGAAAAGAUCUGUCUUCUGCUGUUAAUAAUUUUUGUUGUUCUUCUCCCAACGUUUCAUUAGAGUUAAAUGUAUAGGGAGUGUAUAGCCACUGGAAGUAAAGCAAAGGUGUCCAAACCCCUAAGGUUCGCACAGACCCCCAACCAAGUCGACCCAGCUGUGUUCGCGAGUAUCUGACUUUGUUAAGGGCUGUAGAAGGUGAAAGCGAACUGGCACCGCCCUCACAAAAGCUCACCCCGAGAAUAGCCUUUAACACAUCUCCUUUCUACUAUCAAAAGGUUAUUUUUGAAAGGUUACGGGAUGACCUUCACUUUUAUUUAUUUAUUUAUUUUUACUGCUCAAAAUUGGUUUCAUGGCUCUUCUUCUUAACCUUCCCCUACCCUUCAACUUUUGAGCCAGUUUCCUUCUUGUUCAGGACUUAAAAACUGAAUAUGUAUAAUUAAUUGGGGUUUUUUUUUCAUUUUAGCACAAUGUUGAUAUUUUUUACAGAACAUUCAAGGCUUUGUGAAAAGGCCGCAAGGUGUGUAAACAAAAAACCGGACGUGUCCAAAAAUGUUGACAGAUUUAGACGAGUAAUUAUAAAGUGUUGACAGUUAAAAGAUUACUUAUUAUAAAGUGUCAACCAAUGAAGACUAGUAAUUAUAAAGUGUUAACAGAUGAAGGUUAUGAGGUAUAAAAUGUUGGCAGUUUAGGGUUACUUAUUAUAAAGUUUCGAGAGGCGAAGGCCAGUAUUAUAAAGUGUUGAAAGAUGGAGUCUGGCUAAGAGCAUUGACAGGUGGAGGUGCAUCGACAAAUGGAAGUUGGUAUUGACAGAGGCUGGCAAUUAUGUGGACACACGGUGGGUAGUAUAGUACAGGGCAGAGAACAUCCGGCCCACGAUCCAUAAAAGGCGGAACUAAAAGUUCAGUAAAUCUAGACGCUUUGUAAAUACCAUUUAGAGACAUAUACUUUACAGACUCUAAGCAUUUGUUUCACUAUGCUUUUGCUAAUUUAAGUGAGAAAAAAAAUUACACCUUCAAUAACUUUAAGUAUGUGGGAAUUCCAGUUUUUGUUUACGAUCUGAAGCACCGAGAUGUUGCUCGGCAACCAUUGUUGCAGAGAUUAGGUGCAACUGUAUGAAAAAAAAAAACCCAGCUAAAGACAUGCAUAAUAAUGAAAAAGGAAAAGCACAGUAAGGGUAGGGCAUGUUUCUCUCUCAACUACGAUAAAGAUGAAGACAACAUCGGAAGGGUGCAUGUCGCAAACAUGUGAACCCACUGUGGCGAAACUACAGCUUCGCCAAAUAUAGCAGGAUGAUUGUAAAGUUGAUAGUUUUAUAUGAUGUUAUGAAUAUCAAAAUGUCCAUUGGAGAACAAAAGGUUCCCCAGCCCUGGUACAGAAAGUCGACUGAUGGAGGUUGAUUAAUCUAGACAUGAGAAAGAUGUUAAUAAUUUAUUAUCUCUAUGGGCAUGACAAAUGCCGGAAGCUGAGUAUGUGAAAUGAACAAAUUAUUCACUCCAGUGUUUCAUCUACAUUUCUAUAAGCACUAUAUGUCAUCGUCUCCAGCUAAUGGAUCCCUACAGUUCUUGAUUCUUACUAUUGUUAUGAAGCAGGCCUUAUUAUGCACUAAGUAAUUUUUAAGUAUGAAAUUAAGUUAUGAAGUACUAUAACUUUACUAUGCAAGCUAUUUUAAAAUAAUCUAUUUUUAAACUAUUUUAGUUAAUAUUUUAUUACGUUAACAUUAAUAUUUUGCAUGUUAUGACAAAUAGCAGAAUCAGCAGGUUACAGCUAAAAGUGUAUAUUGUUUUGUAGCAACAAGUUAUGUUACGAGUUCUUAAAUUUAUUAUGAAUUUACCAUGGCUGUGAUUCCUGUUUGCAGAGUUGCUCACUAAUGAAAAUUUUUGUUUAUGUUAA